CCCCCCUUUCUCUCUGUCCUCCUGAACUUUCAGUGCCUGAAACUGGAGGAGAAUAUCAAGGUGGCUGAGGAACAGGGUGAGCUGGCCUUUCAGGAUGCCAAGGCCAAGUUAGCCCAGCUGGAGGAGGCCCUGCAGCAGGCCAAGAAGGACAUGGCACGGCAGCUGCGUGAAUACCAGGAGCUCAUGAACACCAAGCUGGCCCUGGACAUCGAGAUCGCCACCUACCGCAAGCUGAUGGAAGGCGAGGAGAGCCGGAUGGACAUGCCCUCAGCCACCGUGGUCAGCGCAGUGCAGGCCAGAUACAGAACAGCUGUCUCCAAGUCCGGCCUCUCAAGAGCUCCCUCUCGGAAAAAGAAGAACAGGAAAGGCCCUGUGAUCAAAAUCACCGAAAUGUCAGAAAAGUUCCUCUCGCAAGAGUCAGAGGUUUCAGAGUAAGGCCGCUGUACUCUGAGCUCCUUACUCAGGAGCCCCAGGUCACUCCCCUGCAGCAGCAAGGACAUAAACUAGAUUCAAGAAAGCAGCUUGGAGCCUCUAGGUUGGGAAGGGAGGCAAACCUGAUCCUGAAUGGAGAAGAGAGUUGAAAACAGUGACUGCUUUUUUGCGGGAAUGGGACAGGACUGUCACCAGCUACUCAAAGUCACUCGGCUCCAUAUCAAUAUCUCACAAUCCACCCUUCCAAUAUCUGGCCAGAGGUCUUCCUGCCGCGGUAAAUUGGAACUGGGGUUUUGCCUCCACCUCUCUGCUCCUCGCACAACAGGGGGCUCUAACCAAGCUGCUUUUGACCCUUCGCCCAACCCUUGCCCUAAACUCACAUCCCAAGUCUUGCCUUGCCUCUGACUAGGAACCAAAGUGAGUGCUGUCACUCCCUUAGCCCCAGCUAGCCUCAAACCAGGGGCUGACAGGGACUACGUGGGCACCCUCCAGUAUCCAGAGUUCCUGGGGAGGCACCUGGCUUUCCUGCACCAGCUGGGGUUCCCGGAGACCUGACAGUAUUAGGGAGUGAGGGGAGGAGGCUCCCUGGGUGUUUGGGACCUAAGCCCAGAACUCUGAGAUCAGCCCAGACACCCAUGCCCCUCCCCUCCUCCUGUGAGUCCCUCCCAGCAGGUCACGGUCAGAACUGGACAGCUGUCCAGCAAGCUCCCAAGCACCUCUUCUAGAAGCUUUUCUUGCCAUGAUAAACUCCCUGAUGGGGGAAGUGGGAAGUGGGGGAGACAGGGCAGGAGAACUGGACCCUCCUCUCUCCUUUCUGUCAUCCUGGGAUACACCACCCUGCCUGGGGUCUGAGCUCUCUGCCUCCCACCCAGAUGCUUCCCAGACUGAAACCUGGUUUGGGUAUGCACCAGGCCCUGGAGACUCCUGUCGCCACCCCUGCCAUGAAACCCCAGGCCCAUUUCCCAUGAAUCCCACUCCUGAGGGUCUCCGUUCCCUCCAUCAGGCCAAGCAGCCUGGCCCUCCCCUCUCUGCACCCACACUUAUGGAUCAGAGGUCCUUCCCUUCUUCCUCCUCCACGUCUGCCCCUCUGCUGCCAGCAGGGUCAUGAAGAAGGCGCUGUCCACUCAGGUCUGGGAACUUCUGAGCCCUCAAGGUCAGAUUAGGGGGCCCCAAUGACUAACUAAAGAGAAAUUCUGCAGCAGCGAUCCAACAAGAAGGUUUGGGGCUUAGAGGAACGCUCCUCUUUCAUCCUCUUGGCUCUCACCUUCAAGGCCUUACAGGGAAUCUGGCAGCUCCACUUUCCCACUCCGUAAGCCACCUUCUCUUCCUCCCUUUCCUCUCCCUACCUCCCCCUUGCCUCACCUCCUCCACAGGACCCAGUCUUUGAUUCAUUCAUCUCAUUUUCCAGGACAGGGUGGCCCAAGGCCCCGGCCUCCUCCAGGCCUGUUGGGGGCGCUGAAGAGCUACUGACGCUCAGGCUUGAGAGAAUUCAGACAUAUACUUAUCCCUCAAGUUUCAAAAGGGUGCUGAUUGCUGCUUUUUCUCCACCUAUUUAUUGGUUUCCAUGGGAGCAAAUCCUCAAUGGGGAUAUACAAUAUUAAAAGUAUAUAUAUUAUUUUUUCAUAACUUAUAUAGCUUUUAACUUAUUGCUUCCCUUCCUGUUUCUGCAUAAUCAAUGCUAUAUAUUAUACUAUCUGGAGAGACAGCACAUGUUCCAGCCAACCCACCCAGCUGGCUGAUUUCUUGGGGUAAUGCCCCCUUCUCCCUGCAAAGGGAUGAAAUAAAGUGCUGAGAUUGUUCAUGGAUA